AUGAGUGACCAUGAUUUCAGCGAAGUGAUUCAAUUUUUGGAACUGGAAACACAGUUUAGUACAAAACCAGUUUACCACAGAGAUGCUGACAACAAGAAUGAAAUACUCAUCAUGGAUAAAAAGAAGGCUUACAAUAUAUCAAUCCUUCUUGGCCAUCUAAAGAUGUCAGUCGCAGACAUUAAAAAGGCCUUGUACAGCAUGGAUGAGAAAACAUUAUCACCGGAUCUUUUAGGACAACUCCUGUCAUUUGUUCCUAAUGAGCAUGAGAUAUCCCAGUAUAGACAGUACAGUGGAGACCUGUCACUUCUAACAAAGCCUGAUCAGUUUGCAUUCCAGAUGAGUUUAGUCAAAGACUAUGAAGAACGGCUGAGAGCACUGAAGUUUAAAGCAAGUUUUAGAGAGAGAGUUGAAGAACUCAGAAAAAGUUUAGAUUGUGUCAGGUCUGCAUCUCUAGAGCUGAGAAACAGCAAGAGGCUGGCCCACAUUCUUGAGAUUAUUCUUGCCAUGGGAAACUUUAUGAAUAAAGGAAACUCACGUGUUGGAGAAGCAGCAGGAUUUCGGAUAACUUUCUUGACACAGUUUCCUGAGUCUGUACAACUUACUGAUGAUCUGCCGACUGUAGAGAAGGCAGCCAAAGUUUCCCUGGAGACAGUGACAACAGAUAUUCGAGAUCUUUGGAAAACACUUCAGGAGAUGUCUACUGGCCUAGAAGAUAGUAAAAAUAACUCACAAUAUUCAGAAUCUGGGGAUCAGUUUCAAGAAGUGAUGAGUCACUUUAUAGAGGAAGCCACUGAAGAGGUUCAAAGCUUGUUCAGACUUCAAGCAAGUGCAGCAGAUGAAUUCUCUAGAACAGUUAAAUACUAUGGAGAGAAUCCUAAAACUUUCGGCACCAGUGAUUUGUUUGGAAUUUUCUCAGAAUUUACCAAGAAUUUUGAGGUUGAAUUAAUGAUCUUUCUUUUGUUUUUUGUUUUUUUUCUACUUUGUUCCUCUUUUUGUCUCUUCAAAUCUUACAUUAGAAUGAAUGAUUUUUUGCUUUCUUGCACUUUCUGA